CCAAGUCACCUAAUCCAGAACAAUUUCAAACACACAAAAAGGAAAAACUAAAAAAAAUAUUAAAACCUUUCUUCUUCUUCACCGCCGGAGAAUGAACACUCCGGCGACGCAAAACUCCCCUUCGAUAACCACCGCUCGUCUUUCCGACCACCGUCGCCACGUGUUUCACGAAAACCCUCACCUUGAAACCUUCACUCUCGUAGCCUAGAAGAAAAGAAAACCGUACAUACACAAUUACGAAUUAUUUUUUUUUUCUUUUAACCUUUCCUCUCUCAUGAAGAACACGCUCAAUCCGUGACUUAUUAUUGACUGGUGUAGGAAGUUAGAAGGGUGAAUGUGUGUUGAAUAGGGUUUGUUUUUUUUUUUUUUGGAGAAAAAAAAUAUUAGAAGCUCUGAAAUAUAGAGUAGCAGAAGAAACGCAUGGCUCCGAUGAAGGUUCAACCGAUUGCAAUCGACAUCGAUUCCGAGAAGGUGAAGGACGCCGUGGUGGUUCGGAACGAGUCGGUGUUGAAGUCGCGUCUGAAACGGUUGUUCGUCUUUGACCGUCAGUUACCGAAGAACAACAAAGAUGUAGCAACUGAGUUCGAACCGAGCUCGGUGUGCUUGGCGAAAAUGGUGCAGAAUUUCAUGGAGGAACAACCUCCGGCACCGAAAUGCGGUCGCAACCGCUGCAACUGCUUCAACGCAAAUAGCUCCGACGAAGACGAUUUCGAUCUCUUUGGUGCUCCACCGCCACCAGAAUCAUCCACCACCGACGCCGCUGAAUCGCUCAAGACUCUGAUCCCCUGCGCUAGUGUAGGCGAGAGGAACCUGUUAGCUGACGUGGCUAGAAUCGUGGAGAAAAACGGCAAGUUGUUUAAGAGGAAAGACGAUCUGAUAAAGGUAGUCGCGGAAGCACUUUCCUCCGCUCUCGGUUACGAUUCUUCCAUCUGCAAAUCGAAAUGGGAGAAAACUUCGUCAUGUCCUGCUGGUGAAUAUGAAUUCAUAGAUGCGAUUGUGGAAGGUGAGAGGUUGAUCGUGGAUGUGGAUUUUCGAUCCGAGUUUGAGGUGGCGAGAUCCACUGGAAGUUACAAGGCAAUUCUUCAAUCGCUGCCGUUCAUCUUCGUUGGAAAAUCUGAGAGACUGAAGCAGAUCGUGGCUAUUGUCUCCGAAGCGGCAAAGCAGAGUUUGAAGAAGAAAGGAAUGCACGUCCCGCCCUGGAGGAAGCGCGAUUACAUGCUCGCGAAGUGGCUCUCUCCGUCUAGCGUUAGGGAGAAGCAACCCCCGUCCUCCUCCGUGCAAGUCGCCGUAGCUCCGCCGGAACUAAUGUACUCCGGUGAUGCAGCGUCGAGGGAGAGCGAUUGCGGUGAGUUGGAGCUGAUAUUCAGCGAGUCACCGCCGAAGAACGAGACCGAGUCCGAGACUGAUUCCGGUAAGGAGAAGGCGGAGUCGCCAUCACCUACCACGGCGUGGCAACCGCCAGCGGUGAAGCCGAAGAGCCUCGAGAGAGGGACCAAGGUGGUUACCGGAUUAGCCUCUCUUCUCAAGGACAAACCAUAGAAAAAAAUUUUGUUAUUUUUCUUUUUUUUAGUUCUGAAAUUAAAAAAUUAAAAUAUAAGAGAAAAUAUCGGAUGAGGCUCCCUUUUUAAUGAAGUAUUUUUGUUUUCCCUUCUUUUGUUAGCAAGGGAAAAUUUGUAAGAAGUAACUUUUGUUAUUAUUAUUUUUUUUUCUUUUUGGUUGGCACCAUGUAAGUGUAAGAAGCUGUUGCUACAGCAAUAUGAUCUGUAAUAAAAUCAAAAGCUGAAAUUAAAAUUUUUCUAAA